AUGUAUGGAGCUCCCUGGGAGGCUCAGGUUCCUUGGAGGCCCGAGCCCUGCCCCGUGCGCAAGGGGCCGGGCUUCUUGCCGGCCUGGCAAGAGCUCCAGCUGCAGCUCAGGUCACUCCCCGGGAAGCCGGUGCUAAGCAACCUGGGCUCAUACGCCAAAACGCGCACAAGGAGCCGCGGGACGCAGAACGUGGCGAGCGGUGGGGGCGCUGGCACUGGGGGGCUGGUCUUCCCGGGUCAGCUGACAGACGAGAAGGAGAAGAGGAGAAGGCAACAGCAGGAGAUGCAGAACGCGUUGGCCGAGCAGAUCAGAGAGCUGCGGGGAUGA